UGCCGUGCCAUACCAUGUGAGCCAUGCUUUGCCAUGUACGCCGUUCUGUGCCAUGUGCGCUGUGCCGUGCCAUACCAUGUGAGCCAUGCUGUGCCAUGUACGCCAUUCUGUGCCAUGUGCGCUGUGCCGUGCCAUCUCUGCUAUGCUGUGCCAUGUAUGCUGUGCUGUGCCAUGCCACACCACCCAUGCCAUGCCGCACCAACCAUGCUGUGCUCUGUCAUGCCACGCCGUGCUGUGCCAUGCCAUGCAGGCCAUCACAGUGCCAUGCUAUGCCAUACUGUGCCAUCUAUGCCAUGCUGGCCAUGCUGUACUGGGCCCCAUGGGCCAUUGUCAUGCCAUGCUGUGCCACACUGGCCAUUGCUGUGCUGUGCUAUGCCAACCGUGCCAUGCCAUGUAGGGUAUGCCAUGCUUUGCCAUGUCAUACCAGUAAUGCCAUGCUGUGCCACGCCGUGCCAUACCAACCACGUGCCAUGCCAGCUGAUCACCUGGGCCAUUACAGUGCCAUGCUGUGCCGUGCCAACCAUGCUGUGCCGUGCUAUGCCAUGCCAAUGGCGCCAUGCGAUGCCAUGCCGUGCCGUGCUAUGCCAUGCCAAUGACACCAUGCUAUGCCGUGCCAAUGAUGCCAUGCGAUGCCGUGCUGCGCUGUGCUGUGCCGUGCCAAGCGUGCCGUGCCAUGCCCAUGGCACCAGGUGAUGCGGUGCCAAGGGUGCCCAUCCCUUGCCUGUCAGCAGUGGGGCGCGGCGGGCGGUGGGCGCAGCAGCGGGUGCAGGUGCUGCAGGCGCUGCGCAGUGACCCGGUGGGGCUGGAGGGGCUGCGGGCGGCCGCCCGGGGUGAGGGGGGGCUCUGCCCCGAGCUGCGCCCCCAGGUCUGGCCCCGGCUGCUCAGCGUCGACCCCUGUAACCUGCCCCCCCGGCCAGCCCCUCCCGCCCUCCAGGACCACCGGGACCGGAGCCAAGUGCUGCUGGAUGUGGCUCGCUCAGCCCCCCGCUUCCCCCCGGGCAUGCCAGCAGAGCAGCGGCAGGUGCUGCAGGAGCAGCUGGCGGGCCUGAUCCUGCACGUCCUGCGCGCCCACCCCCAGCUGCACUACUACCAGGGCUACCACGAUGUGGCCCUCACCCUGCUGCUGGUGCUGGGCCAGCGCCGCGCUGCCCCGCUGCUGGAGCAGCUGUCCACACACCAUCUCCGGGACUUCAUGGACCCCACGAUGGACAGCACCAAGCACAUCCUCAACUACCUCAUGCCACUGCUGCAGCGGGAGAGCCCCCGGCUCCAUGACUUCAUGCAAAGGUACAGGAUUGGGGACCGGGGGGAUGGGGACAUGGGGGGGUCCCCCCCCUGCCCUGCCAUGCCCACUGGCCCCUCACCGCCCCGCCUGGCCACUGGCAGAGCGGAGGUGGGCACCAUCUUCGCCCUGAGCUGGCUUAUCACCUGGUACGGGCAUGUCCUCACCGACUUCCAUCACACCCUCCGGCUCUACGACUUCUUCCUCGCCUCCCACCCCCUCAUGCCCGUCUACUUCGCUGCCGCGGUGGUCCUGCACCGUGAGGAGGAGGUGCUGGGUGCCCCCUGCGACAUGCCCAGCCUCCACCAGCUCCUCUCCCGCAUCCCUCCGGAUUUGCCCUACGAGCGCCUGGUCCUGCGGGCACAGGAGCUUUUCCAGCGUCACCCGCAUGGCUGCCUGGCCCGGCAGCACCACAAGAGCAUCGCCAUCCAGUCCUUCAGCGCCUUCCAGCGUGCUGCAUCCUGCCAGCGCCCCGAUGCUGUCCUGCGCCGGCAGCGCCAGGAGCCGGCCGGGGACGCCGCCGUGACCCCUCUGCCUGCUAUCGGUCACAACCCACUGGUGAAGGUGGCUGUCUGGGGGCUGUCGGCCACGCUGGGGGCUGUGGCACUGGCCGUCACUCACACUGCGCUCGACUGGGGGCCCGAGUUCCUGCUCCGGCUCUUCUAGACCCCCCCGGGGAUGUCACCAGCUCAGGGUCCCCAGCCAGCACUGAGCUCCCCUGCCCCACAGGGGCUUUCAAUAAAAGCUCUUUUUGAGGCA